GGUGAUUGCUGAUUAGCAUUACACCCAAUUCGAUUUGCUUGAAGAGAAAUAUCUUUCUUGCGUAGUCAAUAUGGGUCGGGUGAAAUUGGAGAUCAAGAGAAUCGAGAACACAACGAACCGACAAGUUACGUUCUCAAAACGUAGAAAUGGUUUGAUUAAGAAAGCUUAUGAAUUAUCGAUUCUCUGUGACAUUGACAUUGCUCUUAUCAUGUUCUCUCCUUCCGAUCGUCUUAGCCUCUUUUCUGGCAAAACUCGGAUCGAAGACGUUUUCGCAAGGUUUAUUAAUCUUCCUAACCAAGAACGAGAGAAUGCAGUCUUUCCGGACCAGGGUAGACGCCCGGAUAUUCAAAGCAAAGAGUAUCUACUGAGGAUUUUGCAGCAACUCAAGACCGAAAAUGACAUCGCUCUUCAAAUUACAAGCCCGGCAGCCAUUAAGUCCGACGUCGAGGAACUUGAGCAAGAAGUCUGUAGGUUACAACAACAACUCCAAAUGGCAGAAGAAGAACUAAGGAGAUACGAACCGGAUCCAGUAAGAUUCACUAGCAUGGAGGAUUAUGAUGUUUGUGAGAAGCAACUUGUCGACACGUUAACACAUGUUGUCCAACGACGAGAGAAUCUCUUAAGCGGCCAUUUACCUACAUACGAAGCAUCUACUAUGCAACAAAGCAUUGUAGGUCCUUUCUUAAACGGAGUCGUAGAAGGUUGGUUGCCUGAAAAUGGACCCAACCAAACCCAUUUAUUUGAUCCAUCGGCCCAUUCUAAUCAACUCAGAGAAUUGUCAUCGGCUAUGUAUGAACCAUUGUUGCAAGGGAGUAGCUCAAGUUCUAACCAAAACAAUAUGAGCGAAUGCCACGUGACAAAUAAUAACGGUGAAAUGUUCACCGAGUGGGCUCAAGCGUACUCAUCCUCGGCGUUAUUCGCUUCUAUCAACCAGCAUGGGAAUGUGGGACCUAAUAUGGAGGAGAUGAUGCCAGUUCAACAAGGUGAAAUCCCGGCAGUGACGACGGAGGCACAACAAGCUGAGCAUGAAGUCGCCGCUGAAUAUAAGACAAAAGUUCCUCAGCUCAGUAGCCAAUAAUGUCAAAACAUGAUUCCAAUGAAUUAUUUAUUUACGUAUACCGAUUUAUUUUGUUUUAUUAUUUGUUCGACCUUUUUUACAAGAGACGUUGAUGAAAACACAAAUCGUGUGCUUUGUAAACCAUUUUUUGUCAGUAAAAAAUAACUUUAGUGUUGUAAAAAAAAAAAGUAAGGAUCUGAUGUUAUUCUUCUUUCUUUAUAUAUAUAUAUCGGUUGAUCGGUGGAGAGAGGGAUAUAAGAUGCUGACUUUUAUAAUAUAUGUAUUAAGUAAGAGAGAGUCAAAGGAUGAG